AACAUGUAAAAAUAUUACUUGACCAACUAAAUACUAAGGAUAAUUUUACCUAAUAUUUAUCUCAUGUUGGCCCCAAAUUAAUAUUUUUUUUUCACAUUGACUGAACACCAAAUAAGUUUUACUUAUAUCCCCACUAUUAAGUUACACUGUAGUGUGUACUCUGUAUAAUGCUAUGCGUGCUGUGGCAAGAACGACAACAUCUGUUACCAUUCCCGCCAAAAAUGUCCUCCUCAGCCACCGGUUUUUCCGAUCAGAACCCGAAUCCUAUGCCAAACUCAUCGAACUCUACGCUCACGAUCGAGCGUUGCACCUCGGCAAGAAGCUCCACGCGCACCUCACCGUCACCGGCUUCACCUCCUUCAACACCAUCGCUUCCAACCUCGUAGCCUUCUACGCGUGCUGCGGCCAACUCUCCCUUGCACGGAAACUGUUCGACAGAAUUCCCACCACCAAUGUCCGCCGUUGGAUCGCGCUCAUCAGCGCCUGCGCUCGCUGCGGCUUCCACCACCAUGCCAUCGCCGUGUUCUCCGAGAUGCAAGCUAUCCAAGCGCUGAAGCCCCACAAUGUUUUCGUCAUUCCGAGCGUUCUCAAGGCUUGCGGCCAUAUCGGCGACCGAGUCGCCGGAGAGCAAGUGCAUGGAUUGAUUAUGAAGUGUUCGUUUGAGCUUGAUGCGUUUGUGUCCAGCGCGUUGAUUGUUAUGUACUCUAAGUGUGGUCGUGUUGAGGAUGCGCGCAAGGUGUUUGAUGGAAUGGCUGUGAAGGACUUGGUUUCGAUGAAUGCUGUUGUUUCUGGGUAUGCUCAACAAGGGGCUCCGAAUGAGGCGCUGGAUUUGGUGGAAAGUAUGAAUUUGGUGGGGAUGAGGCCAAAUGUGGUAACGUGGAAUGCUUUGAUAUAUGGGUUCUCGCAUAAAGGUGAUCGAGGAAUGGUCUCGGUGAUUUUUAACUUGAUGAUUGCAGCUGGGAUUGAGCCUGAUGUGGUGUCGUGGACUUCUGUUAUAUCUGGUCUUGUGCAGAACUUUUGUAUUGAGGAAGCAUUUGGUACCUUUAAGCAAAUGUUGGGUCAUGGAUUCUGUCCAACUUCUGCUACUAUCAGCACCCUUCUUCCUGCUUGUGCUACUGCAGCGAGGGUGAAGCUUGGAAAGGAGAUUCAUGGCUAUGCUUUUGUGAUUGGGGUGGAGGAAGAUUUGUAUGUAAGGAGUGCUCUGGUUGACAUGUAUGCUAAAUGUGGGUUCAUUUCUGAAGCGAGGACUCUGUUUCGCAAGAUGCCGGAGAAGAACACGGUUACUUGGAACUCUAUCAUUUUUGGUUACGCGAAUCAUGGGUAUUGCGAGGAAGCUAUUGAGCUCUUCAAUCAGAUGGAAUUAGAAGGGGAAGCUAAAUUGGAUCACUUAACUUUCACGGCAGCUCUCACAGCAUGCAGCCAUGCUGGAGAUAUUGAACUUGGGCAGAGGCUGUUCGAGAUCAUGCAAGAAAAAUACAGUAUUGAGCCACGGCUGGAGCAUUAUGCAUGCAUGGUGGAUCUGCUUGGUCGAGCGGGGAAGGUGGAAGAUGCAUAUUGUAUGAUCAAGACCAUGCCUGUUGAACCUGAUUUGUUUGUUUGGGGUGCUUUACUGGCGGCUUGCAGGAAUCAUGGGCAUGUGGAGCUUGCAGAAGUGGCUGCUAAGCAUUUGUUGGAACUAGAGCCUGAGAGUGCUGGGAACCGUCUUCUGUUGUCCAGCCUGUAUGCUGAUUCUGGCAGAUGGGGAAAGGUUGAGAAGAUCAAGAAGAUGCUGAAGAAGGGAAAACUCAGAAAACUUCAAGGAUUGAGUUGGAUAGAUAAUGUAUAAUAAUAUGGUAGGUAGCCAAGUAGGUAAAUGAUUCUUUCUGGCUGGAGGUCUCUUUGCACUUUGCUUCGUUUUUUGGGUUAGUCAGGUCAUGGGUUUUUCUUCAAAAAGAAGGGGAUGGCAAAACCUGUAGAAACAAUUUGGGAUAUAUAUUGUUUUCUGUUCCUCAUCAGUCAUCAGUCAAUAGUUCGGUAAUCUUUUGACAAGUGAAAUUGGGCAUAAAGAAAAUCUCAAGUGCGUUUGGAUUCUUAUUGAAAUUAAAACU